GUCACAUACUAGUCUGUGUCUCCUUAUUCUCUCCGGCUUCACAUUGCUAAGCUGGCAAGAUGGCGUCAGAACCGAAUAAGACUGAGAUCCUGACGUUUUUUAAAAGACUGCGCUCGAUUCCCACUAACAAGGCUUGCUUUGAUUGUGCUGCUAAGAAUCCGAGCUGGGCCAGUAUUUCUCAUGGAGUUUUCCUUUGCAUCGACUGCUCAGGGAUCCAUCGUUCUCUGGGCGUCCAUCUGAGUUUCAUUAGAUCCACAGAGCUGGACUCCAACUGGAGCUGGUUUCAGCUGAGAUGUAUGCAGGUUGGAGGAAAUGCCAAUGCGAUGGCUUUUUUCCGUCAGCAUGGCUGCACUACCAACGAUACCAACGCAAAGUAUAACAGCCGUGCGGCGCAGAUGUACCGGGAGAAGAUCAGGCAGCUGGCCAACGCAGCACUCUCCAAAUAUGGCACUGAUCUGUGGAUCGAUCAUUCAGGAAACGCUCAGCCAGCGCCAGAGAAGAAAGAGGCAGACUUCUUUGAUGAGCACACUCAGGCAUGGGAUAUGGCCUCUCCUUCACUUUCGGAGCAGAAUGGAACGGUUGCUGUGACUGCUCAGCUGGAGCAGGACAGCCCCAAAGUGUCAGAGUCUGUCUCUACUCUACUGGAGGAAGGACCCAGCAUCGAGGGACUGAACACGGAUGCAAAAGCCACUAUAGACAACUCGAUGAGAUUGGCGUCUGACGAGCCACAGCCUCUUAAAGAAGCGAGACCUUCCAUUAUUGGAAAGAAGAAGCCAGUUGCUGCAAAAAAAGGGCUCGGGGCUAAAAAGGGUCUCGGUGCCCAGAAAGUGAGCAGCAAGAGCUUCAAUGAGGUGGAGAAGCAGGCACAAGUGGCUGAGAAGAUGAGAGAGGAGCAGGCUGUCGAGGCUAAGAAACAGGCCGAGGAGUCCAUCGUGGCCUCGAUGCGCUUGGCUUACAAAGAGCUGGAGAUCGACAGGAAGCGGGAAGAAAAGAGACUGCAGAACCUGGAGGGGAAGAAGAGAGAGCAGGCUGAGAGGCUGGGCAUGGGCUUAGGAACCAGGAGUGUUGUGUCACAUUCUGUGAUGUCAGAGAUGCAGGUGAUUGAGCAGGAGACCCCCGUAAACUCCAAGUCCUCCUCCCGCUCCAGACUGGACAUGUUUGAUGAGCCUGGGUUUACCUCUGGACCACCAAAGUACAAGGACAACCCCUUCACUACAGGAGACAGCUUCGGCUCACGAUGGGAUUCAGAUUCAGGCUCCGCCUCCUUCUCAUCCUCCUGGGCUCUAGAGAAGGAGGAGCCCAAGGAGACCGAAGUCACAAUUUCAAGCAUCCAGCCAAUCGGAGAAAGGUUGCCCAGCAGAAGGAAGCCGGAAGCCUCCGUGCCCCUCGCAGAAUCCAGUGAGGCGCGGCAGAAGUUUUCUAAUGCUAAAGCAAUCUCGUCUGACAUGUUCUUCGGCCGCGAGAGCAACGCUGAGUACGAGGCCAAGGCUCGUCUGGAGACCAUGUCCAGCAGCACGUCUAUUAGCUCUGCUGAUUUGUUCGGGGACGGAAGCAGCCGCCCGUCAGGGGGAUCAGGAUUGGACAGCGUGCUACCCUCUGGACCGGACAUGGCACAGUUUAAGCAGGGCGUGAAGACUGUGGCUGGAAAGAUGGCUGUACUGGCCAAUGGGGUUAUGAAUACCAUUCAGGACCGCUAUGGCUCCUACUGACAGAACUGCAUGACUCGAACAGGAAAGGAAAUGACAUCAAACAGGACAUACCACACUGCUGACUGGAUCAGGCUUUUUUCUUCUUCUUCUUCUUCUCUCCUCUAACAUUGUACCUGAAGCACAGAGGGAGAAAGUACAGAAACAAAAAGAAAAGGAGGAGACGGCACAACGCAGGACCUCCCUUUCCUCUUCUCCCAGUCUGCCUACAGGCUUUUGUAGAUUCUCUCACACACUCUCCCUCUCUUUCACACACAGCCCCCCACAUACAGACACACACUGACAGUAUUUCAGUUUUCUUUCUUUUUUGAUUUUUUUUCCCCCUUGAAUUCUUCAAAGAUGUAGAAAGUUUGUUUUUCAGAACUGCAGUGCUUUCUGUUGAAACUAACCAUGCGUGUUUUUUUUUUUUAAUGCCAUAUUACUGGUCUGAGAUUUCAUAGAAUUGUUUUAAGUAUUCUCUAUGAAAUAUGUAUAACCAAAUUUAUCCAUAUCUUUUCAAUGUUUUCUUUUUUUUUUUCUAUUUAAGUGGUGUUAUUAUACUUCAUGGGCGUGUGCAUUGAUGACCAGUACAUUGACCUCACAUAGAAAG